CAUCCGAUGGAAUCCUCACCCAAGCGCCGGAAAACCAAGGGCAAAGAAACGAUGGAGGAAGACGAAGAUCCUCUCUCUUCACCGUCCAUAUCCGAUCUGACGGCGGAGAUCACCUGCGGGGUUUGCCUCUCCGAUGUCGGUCGCUCGAUCCGCGGGCAGAUCGACAGCUGCGAUCACGGAUUCUGCUUCGUGUGCAUCAUGGAGUGGGCCCGGGUCGAGACCCGCUGGCCGCGCUGUGGCAAGCAGCGGUUUCAAAUCAAUACGGCGGCGGUGCCGGGAAUCUUUUCGCGGGAGCGCGUCGUUGACGUCCCGGAGCGGAAUCAGGUUUACAACUAUCUUGGGAAUGCAAGUACAACAGUUUCUGAUCCAUAUUCGAAUAUCAUUUGUAGUGAAUGCCAAACUGCUGCAAAUGAAGAACUCUUGCUACUUUGUGAUCUGUGUGACUCAGCUUCUCAUACAUACUGUGUUGGUCUAGGGGCCACUAUACCUGAAGGUGAUUGGUAUUGCCGCGAAUGUGCAAAGAUCAGGGAUGAACAUGCCAGAAAUCAAUCAGAUUCUGAUGGUUGUAAUCAAGAUUCUUACGAUAUCCUUAGGGCAAUCCGAGCACCUCGAACGCCUCUUGAAUUAUCUCAAAUCCCAUCCCAAGCAUCUCAAAUUCCAAUCCGGCCAUCUCAAACGUCAGCCGAAUCAUCUCAUACACCAUCCCAAGCAUCUCAAAUGCAGGCCCAAUCUUCUCAACUUCCAGCCCGAUCACCUCAAAGACCUGUCCAAUCAUCUCAAACGCCAAUUUCAAUCUUUGAGAUUGUUGCAGAUGCUGUAGUUUCUAAUUCAUCACAAGGAUUCACCAGUGAAGUAGUCGUUGAACAUCAGACAACUCAAAGGGCCUCAAGAGGUGAGCAACAUGUGAGGACUUUGCGACAGUGUCGCAAUUUGCAAGUUCACAUACGGAAGAUACGUGAAAACUGGAAUGCUUUUCGAUCUGGUUCAUUAACUUUCUCUCUCAGUUUUAGUAAUAACAGCAGCAGGGAUCAUAACAGUAGGAGGAAGAAUAGAGUAAAUAUUGGUAUGUCCAGUGAACCAGAUUCCAUUUCUUCUGUCGGUAAAGAGCAUUCUGUAGAUGUUAGUUCCUCUAGCAAUGUCAGCCAUAACACAGGGUUCAAAGAUGUCAGUAAAGCAUGGAAGAUGAUGGAAAUUGCAAAGUCAAUGGAAGGAACUGGAAAGAGAACUGUGCUAAACCAUUCAUCUCCCGUAUGUGCUAAAAGAAACAGCAUUUCAAAGGAUACUAUAAAUCAUAACACUAGCUCCUUUGUCUCCAAACAUCCUAAUGGAUUGAAUGGCUGUACUGCUUUGUUUGUAGACAAGCAACAUAAAUGCCUAGGUCAUCAGAAAUCAUGUAUAGAGAAAGAGAUGGGAAUAAUGGAGCAUUUCAAUGGAUGGGCGAUAGGAGUUACUCAAGACAGUAAGGAAUCUUCUCAUCAUAAAAUUAGCAGAGUUUCAUCUCAAGAGGGUCCAAGUUGUCAAAAGAAACCAACCCCACUGCAGAAUGUGCUUAAUUGUCCAAGUUCUGCCUCUUGUGCACCUUCCGUGCAGUCUAGCCUACCAACUAACAACCCUGUCAGCGUAGUUAAUUCCCACGACAAGAAACGCAGUGAAGUCAGGUCUGCUGAUAAAAAUUAUAUUAGAAGAGACAAUAUGAAGUGCAGUGCCAAGGUUGAGAUUCAAUAUUUGGUCAAGCUCAAUCUCAAGUUACAGAGUAAAGAUUAUCGAUUAGAUGCAGAAACAUUCAAGGAAGUCGCUAGAGUCGCUACACACACUAUAUUGGCAGCAUGUGGUUUGGAACACUCAAAGUCCAGCGCGAAAAUAAUAUCUAUGCCAAAAUGCAAGCAUACGGAACAGUUAAGAGAGCUUCGUAAGUGUAAAUUGAUGCCUGAUUCUUGCAGAGAAUGCUUUUAUUCCUAUGUAAAAGAUGUUGUGAGCUCUAUCUUCUUAGAAAAGAUAGGGUCAAAAAAACGUCCCUGUUAGUCUUCAUACAUCUCUGUUGUAGCAAUUAUUUUCUACUCUCCACAGGGCUAAAAAAAGAGAACUGUAGUGGUAACUAUGACAAUGAUUAUAGGACUGUUAUCAGUCGUCA